ACAAUGUCUCUGUAUUGUGGAACAGUUUGCAGGAGGAAAUCUUUUUGGUGCUGUAGGCUGCUGUCAACGUAUGUCACUAAGAUGCGAUACUUAUUUGACUUGAAGGAAGAUGAUGAGGCCUGCAGGAAGGCUCAGCAGACCGGAGUGUUUUACCUCUUUCAUGACCUGACUCCUUUGCUGCAGCAGGCAUCGGGACAUCGAUAUCUGGUCCCUCGGCUUAGCCGAGCAGAGUUGGAAGGGCUGCUGGGUAAGUUUAGACAGGACUCACAAAGAAUAGAAGAUUCAGUGCUGAUUGGAUGCUCCAACCAGCAUGAAGCGUGGUUUGCUUUGGAUCUGGGUCUGAAGAGCGCAUCCUCCAUCCACGCCCCCUUGCCAAAAUCUGAAAUGGAGGCAGAGCUCAGAGGUUCUUUCAUCGCACUGAGGCAGGCUGUUUUUCAGCUGAACUCGAUGGAUUCCUCCUUGCUGUUCACGGCUCAGGCUCUUCUCCGCUGGCACGACAGUCAUCAGUUCUGCAGCAGAAGUGGGCAGCCUACUAAGAAGAACAUGGCCGGUAGCAAGCGAGUGUGUCCUUCCAAUAAGAUCAUCUACUAUCCACAGAUGGCCCCUGUGGUGAUCACGCUGGUGACGGACGGGGCCCGGUGCCUGCUCGCCCGCCAGAGCUCCUUCCCCAAAGGGUUGUACUCUGCCCUGGCAGGCUUCUGUGACAUAGGUGAAAGUGUGGAAGAGGCCGUCCAGCGGGAAGUUGCAGAAGAGGUGGGCCUGGAAGUGGAGAACCUGCGCUACUCCGCGUCCCAGCACUGGCCCUUUCCCAACAGCUCACUCAUGAUUGCCUGUCAUGCAACCGUGAAACCAGGGCAGACAGAGAUCCAGGUGAAUCGGAGAGAGCUAGAAGCAGCUGCCUGGUUCAGUCUUGACGAGGUGGCCACAGCCCUGAGGAGAAAGGGUUCCUUUAUGCAGCAGCAGAGUGAAACUGUCCCAUUGAUGUUGCCGCCCAAGUUAGCCAUUGCCCACCACAUGAUUAAGAGCUGGGUGGAAACACAGACCUGUUCUUCCCUGGCUGCUUAGCUCAAAUCAAGCUGCCUAGAUCCCUCCCCGGCGUUGCUGAAGGGCAUGCCAGAGAUCUACUGCAAGAGGAGGUGGCAAAGUCAGCUCCGGGGCAGCCUCCUAAGGCAGAGGAGCUCUGAGAAGUUCCUGUUGCCAAAAGAGGUUCCCAGUCACGGACCACCAAAAAUGUCAGUGUAACCUGGAUAGAGCAGCCUGUACCCGU